GCGGCGGCGGCGGUGGCAAUGUCGCCGCCGCCGGCGUCAGGGAGGCGGAAGCGUCGCAGGACGAGGAGCGUCAAGAACAGGGAGGAGGUGGAGAGCCAGCGGAUGACCCACAUCGCCGUCGAGCGCAACCGCCGCAAGCAGAUGAACGAGUACCUCGCCGCGCUCCGGUCCCUCAUGCCGCCGUCCUACGUGCAAAGGGGCGACCAGGCGUCCAUAAUUGGCGGCGCGAUCAACUACGUCAAGGAGCUGGAGCAGCUGCUCCAGUCGCUGGAGGCGCGGAAGCACGCCCGCCGCCACGACCUGUCCCCCGGCGACGGCGACGCCGCGGCGGGGCCCUUCGCGGGCUUCUUCACCUUCCCGCAGUACUCCAUGAGCGCCCGCGCCGUCGCCCGCUCCCCCGCCACCGGGAACACGCCACCCGCAGACGGCGAGGGACCGAACAACGCUGACGCGGACGCCAAUAACGGCGACGGCGACCACGACGCCUCGGGCUCGCGGCUGUCGUCCGUGGCGGACGUCGAGGUGACCAUGGUGGAGAGCCACGCGAGCCUGAAGCUGCUGUCCCGGCGGCGCCCGCGGCAGCUGCUGCGCCUGGUCGCCGGGCUGCAGCGCCGCCGCCUCACCGUGCUGCACCUCAACGCCACCAGCGACGCCCGCCGCAUGGCCCUCUACUCCCUCAGCCUCAAGGUGGAAGACGACUGCGCGCUCUCGUCGGUGGACGACAUCGCGGCGGCGGUCCACGGCAUCGUGGAGGCGGUCGACCGCGAGGAGGGCGGCGCCGAGCCGCUCGGAUCGCAGGCCGAAGAAGAAGAAGAAUGACGCAGAAAACAGUGCACUCGUGCGAGAAAGCAUGCAUUGUUACACUCC